AUGUCCGCUGUUGAAACCUUGUUAACGGUUCUUCAGAAAACAGGCUCCAAUGUAAACAAUGAGUUGGUUGCUGCGCAGCAGUAUCUAGAAGAGGCAGCAAAGGUUGAUUUGCCGGGACUGUUAAAAAAUUUAAGCGACAUCCUUGCAAAUGUACAGUGUGAUCCGAUUUCUCGAAUGCAGGCUGGGUUGCAGCUGAAGAAUGCAAUUUACUCCAAGGACUUAACCGUCAGAAUGUCGUAUCAUGAUCGCUGGCUUCAGAUGCCUGCGGAUUACACAAACUAUAUUAAACAAAAGUGCCUUGAAGCUCUUGGUACCGAGACAACUGCUCAUAGCUCCGCUGCCCAGUGUGUGGCUCACAUAGCUUGCGCUGAGUUCCCGGCCAACAGGUGGCCGGAUUUAAUGUCGAAGCUAGUCAUGAAUGUGACAAGUCCUAGUAGCACUGAAAGCAUUAAGCAUGCAACUCUUGAGGCUAUCGGGUAUCUUUGUCAGGACAUUGAACCUGCUAUACUAUCCAAUCAGUCAAGUGAGAUAUUGACUGCUAUUAUUUUCGGGAUGAAAAAAGAAGAGCCAAGCGACAAAGUUAAACUGGCUGCAACAAAUGCACUUCUCAACUCUCUCGAGUUCACCAAGCGCCAUUUUGACGUCGAGCACGAGCGUAACUACAUAAUGCAGGUUGUUUGCGAAUCCACUCAGUCUUCCGAUCCAUUGAUUAGAGUGGCGGCCCUCCAGUGUCUUGUGAAAAUAAUGUCGCUUUAUUACAGCUACAUGGAAAUGUACAUGGGUCAGGCUCUGUUUGCGAUCACUUUGAAUGCUAUGAAAUCCGAAGUUCCUGAAGUAUCACUGCAGGGUAUCGAGUUUUGGUCAACUGUCAGUGAUGAAGAAUUGGAGUUGGCCAUUGAGGCAUGUGAAUGUGCUGAAAAAGGUCAACCCCCCUCUGUCUCGAGCAGGUAUUAUGCUAAGGGCGCUCUGCAUUAUAUUGUUCCUAUUCUGAUGGAGAUACUAGCCAAGCAAGAUGAGGGCGAUGACGACGAUGAAUGGAAUCCCAGUAAAGCCGCUGGCGUUUGCAUAAUGCUGCUUGCUCAGGCUUGCGAGGAUGCCAUAGUAGAAAUAGUGAUACCUUUCGUCGAGCAACAUAUACAGGAUGCCAACUGGAGGUUCCGAGAUGCCGCGGUUAUGAGCUUUGGGAGUAUUUUGGAGGGUCCUAAUCCAGAGGCACUUAAGCCACUUGUUGUGUCAGCGAUGCCAGUCAUUAUAGAUAUGCUCGGGGAUCAGUCCUCAGCUGUGCGAGACACUGCCGCUUGGACACUUGGUCGCGUGUGCGAAAUUCUUCCAGAGGUCGCUCUCGCUGCGGAAUACCUCAGCUCAUUGAUCAAUGGGUUUCUUAAUGGCCUGCGCUCAGAGCCCCGUGUCGCUGCCAACGUUUGUUGGGCAUUUUCGAACCUUGCUGAUAGCGCUUUUGAUGCGGUAUCUGCGGGCGAACAGGGAGCAUUAGAACCACCUACUUAUGCUCUAUCGCCUUACUUCAAGGUGAUUAUUGAAGGACUUCUGGCGGUCGCAGAUCGUCCAGAUGGAGCGCAGCACAAUCUGAGGAAUGCUGCUUAUUCGGCUCUGAUGUCGUUGAUGAAAUCAGCAGCGAAAGAUUGCUAUGAGGAAGUUAAGCGUGUUACAACUAUUAUUCUGGAACGGCUUAAUUAUGUGAUGAGUCUGGAGAGUCAAGUGGUUUCGUCGCAAGACCGUGCACAAUUCAAUGAUCUCCAAUCCCUCUUAUGCGCUACCCUACAGUCAGUUUUGGGAAAAAUAAGUAAAGAAGAUGCUCCUGCCUUAGCGCAACCAAUCAUGUCGGCCCUCAUGGCGAUGUUGGCGUCGACAACUAAUGCCAAAGCUUCAGAGGGGGCUGGUGACCAGGCUAGUGAAUUGAAAGUUGCCGUGGCGUCGACCUCUACCGGUGUUCAGGAAGACGCUCUACUCGCGCUGUCCGCACUUCUUGAUGUUCUAGGAGAAGCCUUUCUUCCUUACUUGGAGUCAGUCAUGCCCAUUCUUCAUCGCUGCCUCUACCUUUGUGUCGAGACUCAAGUGUGUAUCAACGCGAUUGGCCUCCUCUCCGACCUCUGUCGUGUAUUGAACAAGCACAUUACACCAUACUGUGAUAUCAUUGUGCAGAUUCUUAUGGAAGUGCUCCAGAACACUGAGGCGGAUAAAUCUAUUCGACCUGCAAUUCUUUCGGCCUUCGGCGACAUCUCAUUAGCACUUGGACCCGGUUUCGCAAAAUAUCUUCCAGUUGUAAUGGAGACUCUGGAGCAGGCGACACGAGCAGAGGUCGAUUUGACCGACCCAGAUAUGGUGGAUUAUCUGAAUUCUUUAUGGAGCAGUUGCCUCGAGGCCUACACAGGUAUAAUUCAAGGCAUGAAGGAAAAUGAGAACGGACAGCAAAGUCCUCAACUACAGUUUAUUGCUGGUCACAUCAACUUCAUCAUAACCUUCAUUCAACAUGUCGGGAAUGAAACUGUCGCUACGGAUGAUAUCAUCUCUUCAUCCUGUGGCCUUAUUGGUGAUAUCGUGUCAUCGUUCGGGGCGCAAAUUUUGCCAUUCAUAGACGUCACACCUCUACAGAAUGUACUGCAACAGGGACGUCGGUCGAAGAACAGCCAUACGCGGACUAUGGCCCACUGGGCAAUCAAGGAGAUCAAAAAGUCGCAAAGUGCUGCCAAGGCCGCCGGUAUGGAGGCACAGCAAUACUCCGAUGCCGCUUCGGGCGCCUCAAUGCUCACCACUGCUGGGGAUUCCGUUGGUUCUAUGAAGACUUAA